GUUCAUUAUAUUCAUCUUCAAUUAACAUUAUUUUUUUUUUUUUAAAAAAAAUAAAAUAAAAUAAACAAGUCAUUUACAAAAGAAAAUACAAAGUUUUAAAUGCAAGCAAAGAGCUCUUCUACACUUCGUCGUGGUGGAAAUAGUUCUAGAAGAGCCAUUCGAACAUUAAACCCAGCUUAUGUUUAUGAUUACACUCUUCGAUGCGCCAUCCAUGCUUGCCUUGAACAUCAAAGUAAACAAAAACUUACAUCUAGCGUUAGGGAACGAAGAACUAGUAACAGUUUUAGUAGUCAUCGACAUUCAGUUCAUCUAAGUGGUGUAAGUGAUGUCUUUGGUAAUAUAGCUGAUAAAUUUGCUAGUGAUGAUGCUACUAAGGAUAAAUUAACAAAACCUGUGGUGGUGGGUCUCAUGCGUCGACUUGACGAUAUUAAAGAAGGAAGGGAUGUUUCCAAGACUGAAUAUCUCGAUCGUCGUUUUAUCUCGAUUGUUAAGCAAGUAAGAGAUAUCGUUAAACAACAUCGCUAUCGUCCUCAGGGCUCUAUAAACGAUUUACUCGUUACUUUUUUGAGAACAAGUGAAGCUGAACUUAAAAAGUCUGAUCCUAAUCCUGCUGUUUGGUUUAAGGAUUUGGACAAUUAUGUUGUUUUAUUUACAGAAGUAUUGUUAUUGGUCCUAAAAGAAGACGCACCUAAUUCUGCUUCGGCUGAACUGAUUUCUACACUAAAUAAAUCAAUUCUUCCCCCAAAGUCAAAAAAGAAACAGCAUAUACAGGAACAACGAAAUAGUAAUAGUAGCUCGAAUAAUAACAGUAACUCUUCUUCGACAGAUAUUGUAGAUAUAAUUGAAAAUUUCCCAAUGGUUAAAACUGUGCAGAAUUUGUUUCAAAUUGAAAAUUCAAUUCAUAGACAAAAAAUUCAUGAACUACAAUCAAUUUGUACAGAAUCAAACUUUUUUUUGGACUUAAAGCAGCUAAUCAACGCAGUCAAUAUAAACCAAUCUUUCCCAGGUAGAAGAGAGGAUUUUGCAAGCCAACAAGCUUACGAUGCUUGGGUAACAAGAGAAAAGAAAUAUUUACAAGGCUUAAUGACAGUUAUGGUUACAAGCCCAUCCUUUUCUUUAAAUAUCAGUAACGAACAGGAUGUUGGAUCUACUAACCUCUUAUCAGGUAGCAAUAGAAAAAUGAAUGAAACAAAAAGAAAUUCUAUUUAUGGUAGCUCUUCUUCUCUGGAUGAUAGCCCCUAUACUUAUAUUCCUAAUGAUCCUCGAUCCUAUUUCCGUCUUUUGAUGAAUAUGUGCAUGGAUCUUGAUACAAAGAUUGCCCCUGAUACUGAACGAGCAAAAUCAAGUCUAUUAUCUCAAGCUUCUGAAGACCUUUUACGUGAAUGUUGGACAACUUGGCGUUUAUCUCCUCCUUUUAGAGCUGUGCUUUAUCUAGAAACUAUCAAAAAUCGUAUGGAUACUGAAGAUUUUCAGAAUGAAUAUGAUAUACUUGAUGUUAGAGAUGCUAUGAGAGCACUUGAUAAAUGUUUAAAAGAAAAUGAAAUUCGAAAUUGGACAAUUAAUGAUAGAGAGAAUUUAAUUCGUGUGUUUGAAGGCUUAAAUGAAACUUGUCUACGCUAUUUAGCUGAUUCUUUGAGCCAAUAUUGGAGAAUCAAUCCGGAAUUUGUUAAAGAUCAAAUUGAUUUACUAGAUAAUAUUUAUGAAAAUCCAGCAUAUCUUGAAGAUCAUUCUGAUCCAUAUCAACAUUUCAAUUUGUUAGAAGAAACAAUUGCAGGUGCAGCGGUUUCUAGGUGGAGAGUCUUAGAAAAAUCAGUUUUGAAUCCUAAAAAUGAUGAUAUGACGAAUUUGAUGCAUUUGGCUGAUAAGCUGAUUAAAGAGCUUGUUGGUGUUGCAAAGAAGUUUAAAAAACCACUUAAGAAUGCAUUACAUUUACCAAGUAUUGUUAUGGCUCGACAAAUGCCCUUUUUUGUAUUAGAAAUGGAAAAUUGGGCCUUUCUUCCUGAAGCUAGGAAUGCACCUAUUGACCUGACUUUUCAGUUAUAUGAUAAAGUACUUACAUUAAAAAGACUUUAUGAUCAAUAUGGUCCAAAACAAAAAUCCGCAUUAUUCAAAGUUGAAUCAUGGUUUUUAUUACACGUCAAACGAUGGCUAAAAACGACAGCAGGAGAAACACCAGAGUGGGUUAGUAAUGCUAUUAAACAAGAUGAGUUUAAGGCGGUUAAUGAAACAACUCCUCAUUCAUCUUCCAUUGUUGAUCUCUUUACUAUGUUUUAUCAAGCCGUUGAUUUUGUUCAAAAGUUAGAAUGGCCCAAUCGACUACAAGAAUGCUACUUUAAUACAGCCCUUUCUAAAGUGAUUGGUGUUGCACUUGAACAAUAUACCAUGGAACUAGAAGAAAUGAUUACGAUGGAUAUCUAUCCCCGUUAUUACAUGGAAGAAGUACAAAAUGCGAGUGCUAACUUUUUUGAUAGAGCUCGUUAUCAAUUGAUUGGCAAUCGUACGCACGGAAAAGCUCAUGAAGAGCCCUAUGACUUUAUGACACAGACGUGCGUAAGAAUUAAUAAUAUCGAAGUUGCACGUAUAAAGCUGGAUCGAUUAUACCAAAAUAUGGAUGUAGAUGAAAUUGCUCAAGUAAUGAGAGAAUAUGAAUCACAAUUAUCACCUUCUGCAAAUGAAAAGGCCACUGAAACCAAUACUAAUUACUUAUACUCUAUAAAAAUUGUUAGAGCAGAAAAUUUACCUCCUGCAGAUAAUAAUGGUUUAAGUGAUCCUUAUAUUGUUCUUGAAAUUGAUUCAAAGCCUGUAGCUAGAACAAGAACUGUUUAUGAGACUUUAAAUCCUCGUUGGGACCAAGUAUUUGAUAUUUGGCUUACAGAUGAGACUGUAGAUGUCUUGGCUCUUGUGUAUGAUGAAGACGUGAUUGGUGCUGAUGAAGAGUGUGGUGGUGUCUGGUUUAAACUGGGCCCCUCUUAUUAUGGUGAUUUCCAAACUCAUGAGCUCGUUUUAAAUUUCAAUCCUCAAGGAAGGCUUAUCUUACGUGUUAGUAUGGAAGGUGAAAAGGAUGAUAUUCAGUUUUGGUUUGGUAAAGCCUUCCGUGUUUUGAAAAGGGCUGAAAACGAUGCUGCAGGUCUUAUUGUCGAUAAGAUGGGAAGUUAUUUUCGACAAAUCUUGAACCGUAAAUCAUUAGAUAAAUUAUUAGGACGUGAUCGUAGUUUCUUUUCUUCAUUUUCUCGUUCCAAUAAACACAUUGAACCAACUCUUCAAGACUGUGAAGACUCCAUAGCACCAUUAUUGGAUUAUUUAGAGAAAAAUUUAAAGACUUUGAAUGAUAAUUUAUCCGAGACAAAUAUGCAAUUUGUCAUAUUGAGAAUUUGGAGAGAAAUUCUGAUUUCACUAGAAAAUGUAUUAUUACCACCCCUUUCAGAACAAUUGUCAGAGUGGAAGCCUUUAGAUGAUUAUGAAUUCCAUGUUGUUUACAAAUGGUUAGAGCUUCUUAAAAUUUUAUUUAACGGUGGUGAAGAUGGAGAUGCUGUCCCCUUAGAUAAACUCGAAAAUUCUCAGUACUAUGCUCUUUUAGCUAUUAAUGCUGCGUAUAAUUUGGAUACAGAUCAAUUAAUUGAAGCAUACAAUUCUGCAGUGAAGAAUCAAUUAGAACUGAAAUUACGUGGAGGAAGGAAGGCAGAUAGAAGUAAAUCAGUAUAUCAUUCCAAGAAUACAGUUAAAAAGAGAAAAUCAAAUGCGCAUAGGAAAUCAGCUUCUAUUGACUUACCAAACAGCGAUACCAUUCUUCGUAUUCUUCGUAUGCGUUCAGGAAGACAAGUACGCGAUUUUCUUCAUACUGAGUUUGAAAAACGCAAUAAUCCUACAGCUUACAUGAACUUAUUGGAAAAUAAUGAUCAAAAGAAACAGUUAACAGACAUUCCUCCUGUACCUAGUAUUCCAACGAACGAUUUAUCUCCUAUUACGUCUUUGAGAUAGUUAUAAUAAUAUAAAUAAGUCCAUGUACAACAAAUAUAUGCAUACCAAUAUAUAAACUAGCCUUUUAUGCAUAUAUUCCAAAUAUAUUACAUUAACAAAAAGAAAAAAAAGAAAAAGAAAAAGGAC